AUGUCGGACGAAGUCUACGAAGGUGCCAUCGGCAUUGAUCUUGGCACGACCUACUCUUGUGUCGCCAACUAUGAGGGCACCAAUGUUGAAAUUAUUGCCAACGAGCAGGGUAGCUACACAACUCCGUCCUUUGUAUCCUUCACCGACAAGGAGCGCUUGAUCGGUGAGGCCGCAAAGAACCAGGCGGCUAUGAACCCGGAGAACACUAUCUUUGACAUCAAGCGUCUUAUUGGCCGGCGGUACGAGGAUCCCAUCGUCAAGAAGGACAUCGAGUCGUGGCCAUUCAAGGUUGUCGAUCAGGGUGGCAACCCUGUCGUCGAGGUCGAGUAUCUUGGAGAAACCAAGACUUUCUCCCCCCAAGAAAUCUCUGCCAUGGUCCUGAUGAAGAUGAAAGAAGUUGCCGAGACCAAACUCGGAAAGAAGGUCGAGAAGGCUGUCAUCACCGUGCCAGCUUACUUCAACGACAACCAACGUCAGGCAACCAAGGACGCUGGUGCUAUCUCAGGCUUGAACGUUCUUAGAAUCAUCAACGAACCCACUGCCGCCGCCAUCGCCUACGGUCUGGGCUCCGGAAAGUCGGAUAAGGAACGUAACGUUCUCAUCUACGAUCUUGGUGGUGGUACUUUCGAUGUCUCCCUCCUGAACAUCCAGGGAGGCGUUUUCACCGUCAAGGCCACUGCCGGUGAUACUCACCUUGGUGGGCAGGAUUUCGACACUAACCUGCUUGAUCAUUUCAAGAAGGAGUUCCAGAAGAAGACUGGAAAGGACCUCUCAGGAGACGCUAGGGCUCUUCGCCGUCUGAGAACCGCCUGUGAGCGCGCCAAGCGUACUUUGUCCAACGCCACCCAGACAACUGUUGAAAUUGAUUCUCUCUUCGAUGGUGAAGACUUCAACUCCUCCAUCACCCGUGCGCGCUUCGAGGAUCUCAAUGCGAAAUCCUUCUCCGGUACUCUGGAGCCUGUGCAGCAGGUUCUUAAGGACUCCGGUCUCGAGAAGAGCAAGGUUGAUGAGAUUGUGCUUGUCGGUGGUUCUACUCGCAUUCCCCGCAUCCAGAAACUUCUCAGCGACUUCUUCGAUGGCAAGAAGCUUGAGAAGAGCAUCAACCCUGAUGAGGCUGUAGCAUACGGUGCUGCUGUGCAGGCUGGAAUCCUCUCUGGAAAGGCCACCUCAGCCGAGACCCAGGAUCUGCUCCUGCUGGAUGUUGUUCCCCUUUCCCUCGGUGUUGCCAUGGAAGGCAAUAUCUUCGCUCCUGUUGUGCCCCGUGGUCAGACUGUCCCUACCAUCAAGAAGCGUACCUUCACGACUGUUGUGGACAACCAGACCACUGUCCAGUUCCCCGUCUACCAGGGUGAGCGUACUAACUGUGCGGACAACACCUCUCUGGGCGAAUUCACUUUGGCGCCUAUCCCACCCAUGAAGGCUGGCGAGGCUGCCCUUGAAGUUGUCUUCGAGGUUGAUGUCAACGGUAUUCUCAAGGUCACCGCCACGGAGAAGUCUUCUGGCCGCACUGCCAACAUCACUAUCUCUAAUGCCGUUGGCAAGCUCUCCACUACUGAAAUCGAGCAGAUGAUUGAUGACGCUGCCAAGUUCAAGUCUAGCGACGAGGCUUUCACCAAGAAGUUUGAGUCGCGCCAGCAGCUCGAGUCCUAUAUCUCUCGUGUUGAGGAGAUCAUCUCGGAUCCCACGAUGUCGCUGAAGUUGAAGCGCGGUAACAAGGAGAAGAUUGAGUCGGCUCUGAGUGAUGCCAUGGCUCAGCUUGAGAUUGAAGAUUCUACCCCAGAGGACCUCAAGAAGAAGGAACUUGCCCUUAAGAGACUCAUUACUAAGGCCAUGGCCACUCGGUAA